AUGAAACUCAAUCCCCUAAAGUGCUCCUUCGAAUUCAGCUCAGAUAAAUUUUUGGGCUUUAUUGUCAACGCCCGAAGAAUUGAAGACAAUCCAAAGAAAAUUCAAGCCCUCCUGGAUAUGAAAUUUCCAACAAAAACCAAGGCAGAUCAAAGUUUGACUUGCCGGAUUGCCGCACUCAGCAAAUUUAUUUCAAGGUCAACAGACAAGUGUGUCCCAUUCUUCAACAUCUUGCGAGGAAAUAAGCAAUUUGAAUGGACGGAGGAAUGUGAAAGAGCUUUUCAAGAGCUAAAAAUGAAAUUCGCAAAACCUCUUGUCCUCUCAAAACCUUUGGACGGAGAAGAAUUAGGAAUAUACCAGGCUAUAACGGAGCAUGCUGCGUCUAAUAAUGAAGCUGAAUAUGACGCUCUUAUCGCCGACCUAAGACUUGCUCAGGAAACAAAAGCCGGACACAUUGAGAUCUGCAGUGACUCACAGUUGGUGGUAAAUCAUGUAUCUAGAGAGUACGAGGCUCGAGGGGAAAAGAUGAUAUCAUAUCCGAGCAAAAUACAUGAUCUGCUAGCACAAUUCAAAAGCUAUGCUCUCAAGCAAAUUCCAAGCGAAGAAAACACAACUAUCGAUGCAUUAGCCCGACUUGCGAGCAGCAACAUGAAUGAUAAAGAAAAUCUAAUCCCCAUCCAAUUUCUUGAAAAACCUAGUAUCACCAGCACGGAAGAGGUUGAUAUGAUGGAUACAUCCCCAAACUUGAUGACGCCAAUAGCAGGCUACCUCAAUACUGGAGAACUACCAGAUAACAAAAACAAAGCUCAAAAAAUAAGGAGAAAGGCUGCAUAG